UUACCAGAAAGAGAGCGGGUAGUAAUGCAUCCUGGGUUUUGUAGUUUUCCUGGAAAGAAGCUGCUCUAAGGCGCCUUUCUUACCCGCUCUCGGGAGCUAAUGCUGUUUGUAAAGGGAAACAGUUGCUUGCGGCUUCCCUGAGUUUCCCAGGAGGUCCUGCGGCCGCAGCUGUGGCGGCGGUUGCGAGGGAACGCGCGCGCGGAGUAGUUGGGGGAUCCUUGGCGGGACGCAACAUUUACCCUGGCGGGGUGUUCGGAGGACCCGGCGAGGGGGCUCUUGGGGAGGCCUGCGACUUCGGUGCCUCGGGGGCUGAGAGCACCAUCUCGCCAUGAAACAGCGGAAGGGUCCGGGAGCUGGGAGCGGCCGUAGCCGUAAGAAGAAAGGUCUAAGUGACAUUUCGCCAUCUACAAGUCUGCCACCUCUGGUUGAAGGUCAGCUGCGAUGUUUUCUGAGACUAACCAUUAGUAAAAUACUCUGGAUGGUUGUGAAGCCUCCAACUCCUGUUCUCAUCCGAGUGAGGUGGUGGGGGGAGACAUCGGAUGGAACCAUAUUUUGUCCCAGGGAUGCUUCCCUAAUUGAACAAAAAGCUGUGAGAACAACAACCCGCUAUGCUAUUCGCUGUGGACCGAAGCAGUUUGCCUCUUAUUUAACAGAUAUGGCUGUCCUUGUUCUGGAAGUAAUCACCAAAUCUGAUCACCUCCCUGUGGGGAGAGCCCAGAUUAGUGGAUUGUCGAAGUUGUCUCCAACUUAUCCAAUCAGUGGAUUUUUUACAAUUGUCUCACCAACAUCUAAGAAACUUGGAGAGAUUCAGAUAUUGCUUGUAUUAGAACCUUUGUCAGCAACUUUUGACAACUGCAGCUCUAUUACCACUGACAUGAGUGGAGAUGCACUGUUACUAGAUCAGGGAUUCGGAGAAAAUAUUGAACCCAGCAAAGUUCAGCUUUCUGGAAUGGCACGAACUCAUACACUUCCACCAACCAGUACUGGUGGGAAAGAGUCGUUAACAAGUAGUAGAACCACAACUCCCAGGGGAAAGGACCACUUGUACUUUCCACAGAACUCUGUAAUGGAUUCUUUCUUGGAACCACAGCCUCAUUUUAAUUCCAAGCAGCAUAUAGAGGAUGAAACAGUAGAACAAGAACCUGUAAAGAAGCAGGUAUCUUGUCCCACCAUCCCAGUACAUGAUACUCAUAUUAGGAGGGUUGCAGAGAGUCAAAGUGACUCACAGGUUCAUCCUUUGAAUAAACCCCCCACAAAAGACCUUCUUUCAGCUCUUUUGGAGCAAGGCAAUAAACUCCGCAAUGCCAUGGUGGUUUCAUCAAUGCAGUCUUGUCCAGAUGUUGUUAAUAUGUUAACAGAAGUUCCUCCUCCGAGAAAGCAGUCUGUCAAAUCAUUAGCUCAUGUCAAACUAUCCUCUGGGAUAGGCCCUGAAAACCCAGUGAUUGCUGAGACUGUGCCCACCAUUGAAGACUCCCUCUUUCCUCCUCAAAGUGCCUUUCGUGAACAUGACUCUCAAGUUGAUGCCAAGGCAAUACAGCUACUUCUGGGCAGUGCUGACAAGUCUUCCAGGCAUUACUGGGAUGGUUUAGGGUCCCCUCCUGAAUCCCUUUCACCUGGGAGUGAUGCAUACUGUAGCAGUGAGCUGAGUGAUCCUCAAUAUGAUCUAAGUCUGCUGGAGAACUUGUUUUACAUGACAUCAAAAGCUGAUUCCAGUGUGAGUGAUGUUCACAAUGAAGAUGAGAAAAUAGUUCAAUCAAGAAGUAUUGCCCAGAAUCCCAAGGCAGUGAAUUUGGGUCAUCAUAGUCCAAAGAAGACAGCAAUGGGAAAGAAAGCUAAAAAUUCUGCUGUUCAAUCAACACACUUACAGAGUCCUAGAAAAACUGAAGUAAUCACCCUGAAUUUAGAUAGACUGGCCCUGUUGAGUCGAAUACGCUCAGCCAGAGUUGUCAUUGACGUGCUGGGAAUACCCCCAGAGAGUCCCCAGAUGACCCCGGGCAAAACAAGCAUACCUGCCAGACCACCCAGAUCAAGCUCAGCCAGAAAGCGCACUUUCUUUGUGGAAUACCACUUUCCUAUUGAUGCUUCCAGAAGUGACACAGAAGAGAUUUCAGUGACCACAGAAGUUGUCCGACUAGCUUCUAGUAAAAUUACAGGAGGAGUGGUAAAAUUUCAGCAGCGAUCUGUGUUCCCCAUACAUUUUGAUGGAGCAAUGAUAGAACAUUGGUGGAAAUCUGAUCUCGCUUUCAAAAUAUACAUGAAGAGAAGCACACAGAAAAAGGCAGAAUUAAUUGGUUCAGCAGUGCUUCCUCUGCAAGAGGUCAUUUGCUCACAGCUGCUAACCUACAGUGGCCAGCUGCCCAUGGAGGAGAAAAGUCAGGCAUCGUUUGGACCUCUCAAGCUCUCAGUACAGCUUGCAGUUGACAACAAAGGUACAAGUGGCACAAACUCCAAGUUACUCAGUGCUAUCCAGCAGCCUCCAGUGUGCAUUCUUACAAGUCCAACCAAACAAUUCCCAGGAACAAAUCAAAGUGCUACACAUGACAAAAACCCUCAAGCCUGGACUCAAGUUAAUGAAGAUGCUUCAAAGCAAAAACAAUAUUUAGGACACUGGGGCCCAGAUCCCACUAUGUCGAAGCCAUCAGGGCCCAGGACUUUGUCACCCUCCAACAGCACAAGAAUCCCAAUAGACAAAUCAACAGAAGAAAAACCUCUGCUAUUACACGUCUUGUUGAUGGUGCCUGAUGGAAAAGACUUUAUUACUGGAACUUCUGAAAAGCAGCAAACAUGCAAUGUAUAUUUAAACUGUAAACUCUUUAGUACAGAGGAGGUAACAAGAUCUGCUAUUAUAUGGGGCACAACACAGCCUACCUUUAACUUCACCCAGGUAACACCUGUCUCUUUGACCCCCAAAUACUUGGAAAGACUUAAGAACAAUGUAAUGGUAAUUGAGGCAUGGAACAAGGUUCGAAGCCCAGGACAAGACAGGCUGCUUGGACUGGUGAAGCUCCCUCUCCAUCAGUUUUAUAUAUCAUUCAAAGACCCCAAGAUUUCUCGCCUACUCCUUGAAGCUCAGUACCCAGUGAUUGCAGUUGACAGCUACACACCUGUGAUAGAUGUAUUCACAGGACAUCAGAAUGGAAGCCUUCGGGUAUUUUUAGCUAUGGGCUCUGCUAAUCAGAUAACAGCCCUACAAAGGUUGAAGAAUGAAGAUGGACCAGUACCUUCCUACAGCACCAGGCCACCUCAUUUUCUGGACCAGCCACCUCCAUCUCUUGUUAUGCAGAGAGAUGGUCAGGGAGAUGGGCUGAUUGAGCACCAAUUUGAGAUCUAUGUGGAAAAAGUUAAAGGACUUAUCCCACUCCAGUCGACAGUCUGGGGAGAAGCAGACUGUUAUGUCCAAUACUGCUUUCCUGUUCAAGACUCAAAGGACAGUACAUUAAAAGGAACUAAAUUACCUCAAAGUGGAAUCACUCUAAAGCCUUUUCGUUCAGCAACCACAUUGUGUGUCCCUGACCCCAUCUUCAACCACAAAUAUCUUCAUUCUCUCUUGCUUCCACCGGAAGUUCCAUUACAGAGACUCUUGCUUAGUGCUUUUUCAGCGUGCGGGUUGGUGCCUGGAGGAGGAAUCCAAUUUGAAAUCUGGUGCAGGUACUACUACCCCAAUGUCAGGGAACAAAUGGUUGCCAGAGGCUCAUUGCCAUUAUCCCGGCUGUGUGCCCUGGUGACAAUGCAGCAUCAUGAGAAUGUGGAACUACAGACCUUUAACUUACCUUUAUUUCCAAGAUCAGAGAACAAGAAUGAAUUCCAGGCCCAGACAGCAGGUCUGCUAGAUGUGAGCCUAAGAUACAGGCACACAACCAGGACAUCAGAGGGAGUCAUUGCUGCUCGAGCUGUGUCCAUCUCAGUGCACAUUCACAGAGCUAGUGGUUUACAAGCAGCAGCAAGAGUCAUGGCUGAGCAGGAACCUUCUUUGCGAUACAGUGCAACAGUAGGUGUUAAUACGUCAGUCACCACACAUCUCUCCUUCCUGCCCAAGGGAGAGCAACGCCAGACACACCCUGUGGCCCGUACCUUCUGCCCUGAAUUCUCCCAUCACAUGGAGUUCCCCUGCAAUCUAGUGACCCAACAUAGCAGUGGGGAAGCCUGUUUUCUGGCAGAGCUGUUAGAGUUUGCUGAGAUCAUUUUCUCUUUGUAUCACCAAGACACAAAACCAGGUUGUCAGUCAGAUCAUAUUCAGCCUUUAAAAGAGUAUCUUCUUGGAGUAGUCAGGAUUCCAAUGAAAGAUUUGCUCAUCAAAAGGUCAGGAAUUACAGGGUGGUAUCCAGUCAUCUUGCCUGAGGACCUGGCUGCAGCACAAAAUACAAAUAUCAUGCAGAUGAUUGUGGGAGGCCUGGAGCUAUCAGUUUCCUUUGCCCAUUCUGGUGACAGAGAGCGGGUCUUGGAAGCUGCUAAACUUCUGGGCUGGAGUUUUGAGGAAGAUCCCACUGACCUUCUCACAGAUGUUGAACAGUGGCCAGCUACCAUCACUAUCUCCACCCCAAGAGCAUGGCUGCCGACCCAUUGUAUGUUACUGGCUGGCCAGACCCACAUCCACAAGGCCACCCACUGCUAUCUUCGCUAUAAGUUAUAUGACCAAGAGGGCUUCUGGACCCCACUCAGAAAACCAAAGGUAACCACGGAUGAAAAACAAGUCACAGUGACAUUCACGACAACCAAAAAAGUAGAUGUUAAUGUUGGGCCAUCACUCCUUUGGUACUUCAGGGAAGAGAAACUGGAAAUCCAGGUGUGGCGAUCAUAUGGGAAUGACAGUGUGGAGAGGCCCCACCUGACUGACACCUUGAUUGGGGCAGCCUAUGUGGACCUUUCCAGGCUCAGUGUGAAGACAGCAAAGACACUGACUGUUAGCGGUGUUUAUCCUGUAUUUGGGCGUGGUGCCUCAGACUUGUCAGGGGCAGCAGUUCGCGUUCACAUUGUUGUCACCGCAGAAAAAUCUACUUCUUUUCCCCCUGGGCCUGCUCACCAGACUAACUACACUGAAGACAGCAGUAACAGUGAUUCAGAAAGGAUUCCCCACCAAGAGGACCCUGUAGAGCCUGAAAACAAGAGUGACUGCAAGAAACUUGAUUGUUCUCAGAGCCCCCAGGCAAAGUCUUCCCCUGUAGAAGCAGGCACAGCGGAUUUGGAAGGCACAUUUGCUGUCAGCAUCUUAGUGGAAAGAGCAAUGCACUUAAGUUUGAAAGGAAGCCCCCUGACUGAACGAAAUGUCACAGCACCCAGUUGCUGUGUGUCAUUUGCAGCUACUGAUGUGAGAUCCCCAAUAUAUACUCAUGUGGUUGAGAAUACAGACUCACCUGUUUGGGAUUUUCAGCAAGAAACCAGGUUAUCCAAAGAACUUCUACUGGACUCCCAACAAACCUUGGUCUUCAAAGUUUGGCAUAAAGCAGAUGUGGAACGGGUUAUCGGCUUUGCCUCUGUGGACCUUUCGCCUCUUCUUUCUGGAUUCCAAUUUGUUUGUGGCUGGUACAACAUUGCAGACUUCAGUGGACAAUGUCAGGGGCAAAUUAAAGUUGCUAUCUCCCCUUUGGAAAGCAUUAUUCAUCUCAAAGAAGAAAGGCUAACAAGGCAGGGGACCAAGGUCCCUGGAUUAUCACAGAUUCCAAAGUAUAGUCCAUUUUCCUCCUUUGCCUCUGCAUUUCCCAGUUGCAUGGGAAGAUAUAACCUGGCUCAGCCAGUUCAUGGCUGUUCAAAAGAUAUUAAUGUGUCUUCUCCUAGGAGAAAUGGACCUGUGAGAAACCAAGUAUCUCGUCAUGAAGAGCAUAUGCAAAAUGUUCGCCGAUUUCAUGAAUCCUUGCAGCAGGCUGAAGGGAUUAUUCAUAAUGAUAGCCAAGAAAAUUCACUAGCUUUUGCAUCCCAUAAUUCACUCCUGACCUCCCUCAGGAAAAACUUAAAUGAACUUGAUCAGAUUCAAAGAUAUUUCAAUCAGAAGUUAACCAAGUCUUAUCCUCAGCUCACCUUCAGCCACUCAGUCCAGCCAUCCCAGGAGAGCAGAGACAGUCAUUGGGAAGCCGAGGCAGGAAGCCUGAACUUAGGGAGCCACAACAUUUUAGAAAAAUCAAAUUACUUGGUAUCUCAAGUCAGCGCCCUGAUUAAUGAUAUGCAAACUCUAACCAAAGAUUCUCCAUCAUCAUUGAAUCAUCAGGGAGAGAGUGAAAAUCUUGAAAACAAGAGCCUACUAAGGAUUCCCAGGGCAGAAGACAAAGGAACAAGUACUGCUGCUCUUUCUCAGGACCAAGCUUCCCCUGUCCAUCCUGAAAUAGCCCCACUUGGAAAGGAAACACUGGGCAACUUCCUAGAACAAGAAACAACAGAAAACAGUCUUCCAUUGGCCUUGGAAGUGAUUGAGCUUGAAGAGGAUUCUGAGGUGGCCCAAACCUCUAGUGAUGGGGACUAUGAAGAAGACUUCAUAGAGCCUAGAACCCUCAACGAAAUCACCACCGUGACAGACAAGACCAGUCCGUGGUCUAGUGUCGCAUCAGAAGAUGGGGUGGUUGACCUUCUGCCAGGAGAAAUAAAGGAAGAUGGCCUUUCUCCCCCAUUUCCAGAACAGUCUCCCAGAGAAGGCCAGAAUGAGAGUAAUUGCCAGCCCAGGCUGCAGCAGGACAGCCAUCGGCCUCUUCCCCACAGGACCCCAUCUCCCCCCGUGGCAGAAGUGGGCAGCGUCUAUAGAGGGAGUCCAGAUAUGGGCACAUACCCUGAGAGCUUCAGGGCGAUAGGCGUAUCUCAAGAAGAAGGUCCUAACAAGAGCAGGAGGUUUUCUCUGGUCCCUGAAGCAGCUCUACAAGAGCCUCUGGACUCCAGUGAAUUGAGUGACUCCUCAGACAGUGGAGAUUUUGCUCUGGACUAUACUGUCUCAGUUCCCCACACUGCAACCUCCUGUUUAGAUGAGAGCUGUGAGGAAAAGGACAGCAGUCGUGACCAGAAACUGCUUGCAAAGGCAUCAUCUAGCAGUAGUGAAAAGCCCAACGUCCUCCUGGUGGAGUCAGAAAAAUCCCCAAAGCAGAGCCUCAUACUACCAGAGCCGUUGGUGGUCCCCAAUUUCUUUCUUUCACCCAAGCACUUGGAGGAGUCAAUGAGGAUGCUCUCUCUCUCUGCAGCUUCACCAUCAAUCACAACCCGUCAGGGAGGAAGUGAACCCACAAAAAGCAUCCAUUACCAAAGGCCUGGCCGGCCCAGACCAAAUCCACCUCCACCAGAUCUAUCCAGAAAAGAGGCCCAGAGGAUUGCUAAGAUCUUCUCUGCCCAGUAUUCCCAGAAGGACUAGACUGUGUCCAGCCCCUUAUCCCCUUCCCUAAUGCACCCUAAGCACGACUACAAAGAAGAGGGUAGAUGGCUGCCCCCUAGGAAUGACGCCUCUUCUGGCAACCAUCCUGCCACAUAUAGGCAAGGAAUCUCCAGGCCAGGCAUACCAACUGUCCCUCAGGAGGCUGUGGGGAAUGGCGGUCUGGAAUGCACGGACCCCGGUGAAAGCAGCAGCUCCUUUGUGAACACGGAAUCAGAGUGAGAAGCAUCUCAGAACUUUUUUUCAUGGAGUGACCACAGCACUGAGCCCAUUCAGGAUGAGACUUCUGCCCCUUGGAUACUGUACUUCACAGCUCACACUUUGCUUAGACUUUACUGGAAGGGGUAGGAAUAGGAUCAUCUUCUUAAACAUAUUUUUUAAAACUAGACUGUGUGAACCCACUGGGAAAAGGGAAAAUCGCCUAUUUGGAAGUUUUUGUAGGAAAAUGUCUUUAACUGAAAACCAUGCUUUUAACUUAUUGUCUGGACUCGAAGGAACCUCAGCCUUUCUCAAUAAAGCCCUUUGUACUUGUG